ACACACACACACAUGCACGCGCGCGCGGGCCGUUACUCUUAAUCAUCGCAGACAUCAAGCCGUGUAGAAGCUGCGUUUGAGGGGUCAUUCAGUUUACACGCAUCCCGAGGUGCAUCUUCUGUUUUAGAGUUUGACACAGAAAGUAGAAGAGGAAGGAUGGCUGGGGAUCUGCCGCUGAACAUCAACAUUAAGGAGCCACAAUGGGACCAGAGUACGUUUAUGGGCAGAGCCCGGCAUUUCUUCAUGGUGACUGACCCAAGAAAUGUGCUGCUGUCGAAUGAGGUUCUGGAGGACGCACGAGUCAUUGUGGAGGAUUACAGGAAGGGAAUUGUGCAACCAGGCCUGACAGAGGAUCAACUAUGGAGGGCCAAAUACAUCUAUGACUCUGCCUUCCAUCCCGAUACGGGUGAGAAGAUGCUGCUGAUUGGUCGCAUGUCUGCACAAGUGCCAAUGAACAUGACCAUCACUGGCUGCAUGCUCACAUUCUAUAGGACAACUCCAGCAGUUGUGUUCUGGCAGUGGGUCAACCAGUCCUUCAAUGCCAUCGUCAACUACACAAACCGCAGUGGAGAUGCACCAAUCACUGUAAAUCAGCUUGGAGCAGCCUAUGUCAGUGCCACAACUGGAGCUGUGGUCACUGCUCUUGGCCUCAAGUCCCUAACCAAGCACCUGCCAGCUAUUAUUGGACGGUUUAUUCCAUUUGCUGCAGUGGCAGCAGCAAACUGCAUUAACAUUCCCUUCAUGAGACAACGGGAACUGAAGUAUGGCAUUCCUGUCACUGACGAGGAGGGGAAUCGCCUGGGAGAGUCUCCCAGCGCUGCUCAGCAGGCCAUUGUACAGGUGGUGGUGUCCCGAAUCGGCAUGGCAGUACCAGCCAUGGCUAUUCCUCCCAUUAUCAUGAAUGCCUUGGAGAAAAAAGCUUUCAUGAAGCGCUUCCCAGUGCUCAAUGCCCCAGUACAGGUUGGGCUUGUGGGAUUAUGUCUGGUGUUUGCUACUCCGUUGUGCUGCGCCCUGUUCCCACAGAAGAGCUCUAUGAAGGUGAGCAGCCUGGAGCCUGAGCUGCAGGAGAGGAUACGACAGAGCAAUCCUAACACGACCGUGGUUUAUUUCAACAAGGGCUUGUAGGGGACUUUUUCUUCAAGUCCAAACUGCUGUCUGUACUUUGCUAUAAUGGAGUUCAGUGGACACAACUUGAAGAGUAAAUAUUGAAUUUCUUUUUUGUUUGUUCAUUUUCUGUUUAAAAAUGAAUGGUGUGUUGUAAAACCUGCACUUUUCCUUAAGACAAUAUGCAGUCCUGGCUGACAUGUACCUGAUACUAUGAGGAUGUUGGAGGAUUUUAUUACUGCUGCGUUUAUGAUCACAGACCCCUUAUGUGCUAAUAUUAAUAUGUGGCGUCCCCAAUUAUUUCUUUCAUGUGAAUUCUAUUUAUCAUUAUUUAUUUUUAUUUGCAAAAAUACUUGAUGUGUGUAUAUGUUAGUGUGUUUAGAUCUACAAUAUUUAUACCUAACUUUCCAGACCAAACAUCUGUCCACAGUUUAAGUGUCUAAUUACAAGAAAUGGUCUUGAAGAAUCAAUUUUGGGUCAUGGGAUUAUUUUUAACCAGUUUAAAAGGUUUCAUCUGGCAUGCUCCUGAGUGUGCACCUGAAGUGCUCUUAACCCUUAUGACCCUCACACUACUGACCUAAUAGACCCUGGUGGAUACGAAAGUUGAGAUGUAUACACACUCCUCUGUAAACACAUCCAGAUCUAAACUUUUUGGUGAUUGUUUGGUGGUCAUACUAAGUCAGCGUGUGUUUAAGCCUUGUGUGGUUUUAACUAGUAUGAGUUGAAUGGUGCAUAUAAAUAUAAAUAAACAAAUAUAUAUAUUCAUAUAUAUAUUCAAAUGUUACAUUGUGGGUAUAGACUGAUUUGUGGGUUUAGUGGUGUCAAAACUGCUGAAGAAUGUGGUGUCAGUGUAAUGCUUAAAAUGUCUAGUUUCUAUUUUGACCAUAGGCCAUUGUGAAGUUAACAGAGAAACAUGUAUCUGAUAGCUAGAAAUGGAAUUAUUAAAGUUAAUUUUUUGUUUUUGUUACAUCUUAUACAGUCACCGAAGCAUGUUUUAAUUCUCUAUUACUGGCAGUGGCAUAGGGAAUAAAAUCUGUUAUUGUUACACAGUUCUGAAAUAAGCCAUGAUGGAUGCAACAUAAAAUUAUAUUUAUUUUUGUGUCAAUAGAUGUGGUUGCAAUGUACCAAAAAUGUGAUUAUAACCCUGUUAUACUAAGAAGACCUUUAAUUCCUGUUCUAUUUGGAGCAUAUAUGAUCAAACAUAUAGUUCAAAAAAGUAUUGUAAUGAGGUGAUAAUGUUUUGUGUUGUUUUGUGAAGUGUUUCUGUGGAUGAAUUUAACAUACUCUGCAGUGUUUCGUUCUAUCGUUCCACUUGAACUGUGUUGUAUGAAAUUUAGUUUGUUUUGGGAGGGAAAAACAUGCUCUGAGGGGGAGUAGACAGCCCUACUAUUCAUGCUCACUACUUGGGCUGAUGCAUAAAACACUGACUUCUAUUAACUAAUCUAUUGUUUUGGAUAUUAUGCAAAUACAAUGUUUAAUUAAUAAUAAGCAUGAACGAUUUCAGAUAUAAAUCCCAAAUUAAACAUAAUGCUAAAUGGCCAAUAGCAAUGUGGACCUGUAUAACUGUAUAAAGUCAAAUGUUGGCUUGGGGAGUUCAGAGCAGCUUAUGAGCUUAAAUGCAGAUCACAGAAUUAGGUUAGGAAUGGCACAGUGACUCCAGCACUACUGUUUCAACACUGGCAAGUAUGUUAAGACGUGAGCACAUUCUGAAACACACUGCCUUCAGAAUCAUCCUAUGUGAAUGUACUGUAAGCAAUCACAGUAUGUAACUAACUCUGACUAAUAAAGUUAUAACACAAGUUAACAA